UAAAAGGAGAACCGCACCGGCCUCUCUCCAUCGCCAUCGCCAUUGCCUCGACCAGAGCAGAGGAACAGAUGCCAUGGAUCGUCCUGCAAGCCACAUGCAACUAACCCCCGCAAGUUCUUGCGUUUGGGUGAGCUCGUGGUUGAGCAUGGUUCCUACAUUGCAUGGGCUCAUGGCCCAAUCACUCGAUUUGUUGGUUGCCCACUAGAACUAACGUGGACUGUCUCAAUUCGCUAGACCGCCGUUCAAGACCCAUCGCUUCUCCCCUACCUAAGUGCCCACCAAUUCUGGAAACAAUCCCGACUCCCGGCCACGCACAAUGGCUUCUACCGAGGAGCCUGUCCCUGUUCCCGCUCCCGUGGAGGUGGACACCGAAAAUGCACCCCCCGCGACCCCAGUCGAGUCGACCGUCAUGUCCGGCAGCGAGGGUCCCCUGACUAGUCCGGAUGUCUCCAAAGACAAAGAGAAUGCCAAAGCUUCCCCGGUGAAGAAGAGCCCAACAUCGACUACGGCCACCAAGCAGCCCGUAUCUGGAACCACCAAACGGCCCAGCUCCAUGUCCGGCCCGCCGAAGACAACGUCCACGACGCGUGCGUCGACCAAUGGCAGCACCCUGAACAAACCUCCUACACGCCCAGCCACUACGACCACAGUCCGCAAGCCUCUCAGCACGUCCACGACUGCCUCGCACCGAUCUCGCGCUUCGGUCAGCAGCUCCGCCGAUGAGAAAUCCCGAUCGGCCGUGAGCUCAGCUGAUGAAAAGCGGGGGAUCUCUAGUACUGCAAAACGCAUGUCUCUCGUUGGAACCCCGGGCACCCGGGCACCGGUCAGGCCGAGCUCGAUUCACGACCGGCGGUCCAGCAUUGCCAGCACUACAACGGCCGAGAAGAGGAGCUCCGUAUCCUCUGUCUCACGAACUAGCACCACUUCUGCAAGACCAGCGGCGAAGCCGACGACAACUUCGACUGCUCGCCCGUCAAGCUCCUCGACGAGCGCGACGCGGACUGCCACUAGGCCCUCUUCAACGGCCACGCGGCCAACCUCGACCGCAACGAAGAGGUUGAGCACCGUCACCAAGAGCUCGGGGGAGGACAUUGAAAAGCUGCACUCCCUCCAAGGCAAAUUGUCAGAAAGUGAGGCAACCGUGGCGAGCCUGAGAGCGGAGCUGGAAACGGUAAAUGAGAAAUUAGUCCAGCUGUCCGUGUCUCAGGCCGAGGAUAGCUCCAAGGACAACGACGAGGCCCUCAAGACCCUUCGGGAACAGCAUGAGGCCGAACUUAAGCGACUGGCAGCGGAUCAUGCAGAGCAGCUGCAGGUCUUACGGGCCCAGCUGGAAGAGGCCGAGGCGACGCGUAAGAAGCUGGAAGAGAAGUCCCUUAAAGACCUAGAUGAAGCGGCUAAGUCAGCCUCUGCUCAGGGAGAUGAUCAGGCUGCUGCGGCUUUGGAGGAAUUGAAGCAAUCCCAUCAAGCGCAGUUAGAGGCCCUGGAAAAGGAGCUUGCGGAACAGAAGGCCUCCGCAGCUGCCUAUGCGGAGCAGAUUGAGUCCCUUAAGGUGGAAUUAGAUUCGCAAAGAAAUACCUUGGAGAAUGCCACCAAAGGUUUUCAGGAAGAAAAGGCGUUAGCCCUUGAUGGCCUUGAGCGGGAGUUGAAUGGCCGGGAUCAAGUCAUCGCCAAUCUGAACGUGGAGAUGGAGAAAUUGAAUCAAGCCAAGCAGCAGGAAGUUCACGCUGCGGAGGAGUCUGCUAAAAAGGCAGUUUCUACACUCGAGGAACAGGUUGCUUCUCUGAAUGCUAAGCUUACGGAGGCAGAGUCAGCUACCAAGGGUAAUGAAGAGACUCCAGCAGUAGUUGCCGAAAAGGACAAGGAGAUCGCAGACCUGAAGGAGUCCUUGGAAAAGUUGCAGAUCGAGCUCCAGGAGGUCCGUGAGUCCGCUGCGAACGAGCUAAGCGAAAAGAUCAAGGAGCUGGAAGCGGCUCAUGACGCUGCUGUUGCCAAGCUGAAGGCGGAGCAUGAUGAAGCCCUGGCCUCUGCCGCCACAACUCAUGCCCAAGAACUUGCUGCUGCGAAGGAAACUGCCGAAUCGGCCGGCACCACGCACUCCCAGCAAGUUCAGGAACUCCGGGAAGCCCUAGAGGCGGCGGAAACCGCGGCUAAGAAGGGCCGGGAAGAUGCUACCAGCGAACUGAACGCCGCCCACCAGGCGGAGCUGCAGGCCCUUCAGCAGAAGCUUGACCUGGCGGAACAAGCCCUUAGCGAGGCGCGACAAUCAGCGGAGGAGGGUGCCAACUCCGCCCAUGCUGUCGCGGUCCAGGAGAUUGAGCAGCUGAAGGAGAAGGUCGGCGCGUUGGAGUCCCAGCUAUCGACCGAACAGGGCGAGAUCAAGUCCCUCCAGGAGGAGGUUCAGAGCAAACAGCAACAAGCCGAAGCUUUGCAGCAAAGUCUUAUCGCGUUCGAGAGCAAGACCAAGGCCAAGGAUGCUGAGCAGGAAGGCCAACUGAGAGCUCUCGAGGAGAAGGCGGCGCUGGCCGAGAAGGCAUUGGAGAACCAUCUCAAGGAAGCCUCUGCUACUGCCGACAAACAUUCGCAGGUCCUCGAGGAGAGGGCCGCAGCAGCGGAGAAGGCACUGCAGGAUCAUCUUGAGGAAGCGUCUGCUAAUGCUGAUAAGCACUCGAAGCUCCUCGAAGAGAAGGCUGCUGCAGCGGAGAAGGCACUGGAGGAACAUCUCAAGGAAGCGGCUGCUGCCGCCGAUAAACACUCCCAGACCCUCGAGGAGUUGAAGGCGGCACACGCCGCAGAGCUGGAGAAGGCUAAGGCCGAUGCAUCUGGAUCUCUCGAUCAAGCCCUCAGUGAACUACAGACGAAAUACAACGCCUUGUCAUCUACCCAUCGUGAACUGGAGGCCAGCCACGCGCAGAAGGUCGAGACCCUCGAAGCUGAGCUCAAGUCAACCCUCGAACGCCAUGCUGGCGAGCUUGCCUCUCACACCGAGGCUCAUGGUAAGGAGCUUGCAGAGCUCCAGAAGGAGUACACCGAGAUCAAGUCCCAGUUGCAGGCCGAGCUGGAAGCUCUUCGGGAGUCCAAGGCUGUGGAGACUGACGCUGAGCACAACAAGGCAAUCGAAGAGCUCCUCACCGUCCAUGAAGAGAAGCUCUCUAGCGUUCGGGCUGAUCUGGAAUCCUCUAACAAGGCCACACUUGAUGAGCUUCACAAGUCCCACGCCGCGGCCCUCGCCGAGGUUCAUGAACAGCUUUCUCACGCCCAGGCAGCUGCGCAGGACAGCUCUGUCUUGGACGCCUUGAAGGCAACCAUUGCGGACCUGGAGAAGAAAUUGUCCGACGCCGAGCAGUCUGUUGCUGAAUCCAAGGAAAUUGCCAGCAAGCAGGGCGCUGAGCUUUCCAGGAUCGAAGCCGAGAAGAAUGAGUGGGAGCAGAGACACCAGUCUGUGAGCAGCCGGGUGGAGGAGCUCGAAAAAUCUGUGGCGGCUUCAGAUAGCUCCAAGUCCGAAGUGGAUACCGUGCUUCACCAGCUAUCGGCGUCCCAGGAGGAGCUGUCGCAGCUCAAGAGCAAGCAGGCGGCCAUCCACAUCGAGCUCGACGAGCUGAGGACGCAGAACCGGGCGAUGGACGAGAAGCUCAUGCAAGGCGAGAGGGACCUGAACGACCAGAUUGACAAGAACAUGUCGCUGCUCAACCAAUUGGGAGAGGUGGAUUCGGCCAUCUCUAGCAGCCGCAAGCGCAUCCGCGAGCUCGAGGCUGAAGUGGCGGCGCUGAAGGCCGAGAGAGACAGUGCCAAGGGGGGUCUUGAGACCAGCCGGUGGGCGGCCGAAGACGAGAAGGCCCCUGCUGGAGGAAACGCAGGUCCGGCCACAGUGGAAGGUGAGGACCUUGGUUCAUCCAUUGAGGGAACGAUAGCAAGCAUUCAGGAACAGCUUAAGCACAUCCGCACGGCCAACGAUGACUGGUACGAUGAACACCAACGACUCAUUCGAGAACUUGCUCAAGUAUCACAACGAGCGACGCCUGAACGGAGCCCCGCGAUGACUCCGCAGCCGGAACUCAGUUCAGACGAAGGAUCGAGGUAAAUCAUCAAAACCGCUUAAGAGGUUGCGCGUGACCUCUGCUUAUUUCCUUUUCCCUUUUCCUUUGUUUCUGAUUGGAUUGCCGUUCCGGUUCUUCUUGUAUUAACUAUGCAGUUGUAUGUAAUAAGAGCUCAGGAUACCCCUGUUUAGCCUCCGCUGUGAUCGCCGCUCAUGCAUAUUUUCUUUUAUUCCAGUGUGGACUGACCCUCCCAUUGAUGCGUUGUCCGCUGAUGCGUUGGGCUGCCACUGUGGUUGUAUUUCCUUAUCUCGUUUUUCUUUUCUUUUUCUUAUGUGUGCAGUCAUGGGUCACCUGAUUAAUGCAGUGUACUAUAUAGUGACAUGUUUACCGUGUCAGAAGAAGAGGGAAAAGCCAAAAACAAACAAGGAACCAGUAUGAUAUUUUAAUUAUGACCUUUCGAUCCUAUUCAGGGGUAUCAAUGAGCAAUUACACGCCGUAUUAGAGACAAUGUAGUAGUAGUAAAACAAGGAGAAAAAAAAAAAAAAA